AGGUCCAGCCAGAGUUAUUGGUAUCCCUUCCAUCCAGUGUUUAUGCUGUCCCAGAUCCUACAGAAGAUCAGGGAGGGGAGAGCAAGGAGAUUUGUAAACCUGUUAAACCUUCCUAAAUAAAUAGUUAGAGAAGAUUGUGAGGGGCCGUGGAGGGAACAUCUGUCCCUACAGUGGCGCUGCCAUCAAAGGGCCUGGGAGAAGCUCUGUUCAGCACCUUGGAGUCUACAGGCAGAAGGAGACUCGCAGCACUUGGAGCCCUGUCCCUGGAAGCACAGCACUGUUCCUCGCAUGCAGAAAAGGAAAUUGGAACGAAUGUGGAUUUGUCCCUAUUCCACAGCCAGCAGGGAAGAGUGCAUCAGUCCCGCUGUGUCUGAGGCUAUUGUACCCAUCAAAGGGUAGAGCACAACACAGAGGUGCAGGGCGCCCAAACACAAAAGACUCAACGCUCUUGUCAACCCAUGCCACCUAGCUGCAGAGAUCAAGAAAGCUUCCAACGCCUCCAUCGCAAGACAGGAGUGCACCUCCUUUCCUGGUGAGUGCCCAGAACACAUCCGUCAGGUAAGGAGGACAGUGCAGAGCCUGGAUCUAGAACCAAACAGAAAAACAUUAUAGACUAAUACAAAGCCCUUAUAUCUAAGUGAGGCCCUAAGUCACCAGUCUUCCUGAUGUUGUAGCAGAGCUUGGGGGUUGGGAUCUGCCACUCAGUGGAUUUCCCGGGGGACGGGUGUCUGGGAUGCACCACUUAGCGGAGCUCUCUCUAGGAGGCCAGAAGAAUCUCUGUGAAGCACUGCUCUGUUUGUUUCCAGUUGAAAGACCAUGGAAACCUGGCCGGUAAAUCCUGCUGUUCCCUACUGGUGCCUCCUUGAUCCGUUUACAGAUCAGAGUCCUGCAAUAUAGGGUGGUGACAGAGCUAUGGAUUGGAAUGGAAAGAGCUCUGAGUUCUAUUCUAAUAGUCGAGGUUUUUAAGAACAGGUUGGACAAACACCUGUCAGUGAUGCUGUCUGUUUAGCUGGUCCUGCCUCAGCACAGGGGGCUGGACAUGAUGAAUUCUCAAAGUCCUUCCAGCCUGACAUUGUUCUUGAUCCUGAAUUAUAGCAAUCUUCAGGACAAAGAAGGUCCUAGACUCCUCAGGAUGAUGGGGUCAUUCAGAUCAUGUCUGUUAUAAUAAACCACAGGGCUUUCCUGUGCCUUCAUUUUAUAUUGUAUUAUUAAAAGCUAUAGUGCAUUGUCCUCAUUUCUGGCUGGGAGGGAGCAGGGAUAAGGAAGAGACAAGAGAAAACACGGGGCAAAUCAAAUCGCUAUCUUAGAUGUAUGUAUAUGAAUACGAGAAUUAUGGGGAAUAAGCAGGAACUUGAAAUGGUAGUUAAUAAACACAGCUAUGACAUAGCUGGCAUCAUAGAGACUUGGUGGAAUAUUGGUAUACCAGGGUACAGCUUGCUCAGGGAAAAAAGGCAGAAGAUGUUGCUUUAAAAUAUAUACGCUUGGACUGAGGUUGUGAUGGAAAUAGGAGACAUAAGAAUGGCCAUACUGGGUCAGACCAAAGGUCCAUCCAGCCCAUUAUCCUGUCUGCUGACAGUGGCCAAUGCCAGGUGCCCCAGAGGGAGUGAACCUAACAGGUAAUGAUCAAGUGAGCUCUCUCCUGCCAUCCAUCUCCACCCUCUGACAAACAGAGGCUAGGGACAUCCUGGCUAAUAGCCAUUAAGACAGACCUGUUGAAAGUCUCUGGGUAAGGAUAAAGGGUAAAAAAACAAGGGUGAUGUCAUGGUAGGGGUCUACUACAGACCACCUAACCAGGAAGAAGAGGUGGAUGAGGCUUUUUUUAAACAACUAACAAAAUCAUCCAAAGCACAGGACUUGGUGGUUUUGGGAGACUUCAAGUACCCAGACAUCUGUUGAGGGGGGGGAACACAGCACUGGGCACAGAUUAUCCAGCAAGUUCUUGGAAUGUAUUGCAGACAAUUUUUAUUUCAGAAGGUGGAGAAACCUACCGGGGAGAAGCUGUUCUGGAUUUGAUUUUGAUACAAAUUCUCAACCAGUUCCUCUCUGUAAGUGGAAGGCAGCUUGAGUGAAAGUGAUCAUGAAAUGGCAGAGUUCUUGAUUCUAAGGAAUGGUAGGAGGGAAAACAGCACAAUAAAGAUAAUGGAUUUCAAGAAGGCAGACUUUGGCAAACUCAGGGAAUUGAUAGGUAAGAUCCCAUGGGACGCAAGUCUAAGGGGAAAAAACAGUUCAAGAGAGUUGGCAGAUUUUCAAAGAGACGUUAUUAAGGGCACAAGAGCAAACUAUCCCACUGUGUAGGAAAGAUAGGAAGUAUGGCAAGAGACCACCCUGGCUUAACCAGGAGAUCUUCAAUGACCUGAAACUCAGAAGAGAGUCCUACAAAAAGUGGAAACUAGGUCCAAUUACAAAGGAUGAGUAUAAACAAAUAACACAAGUAUGUAGGCCAAGGCACAAAAUGAGAUUCAACUAGCUAACAACAAAGGGUAUCAAGAAAACAUUCUACAAAUACAUUAAAAGCAGGAGGAAGAUCAAGGACCGGGUAGGCCAGUUGCUCAAUGAGGGGGAAGACAAUAACUGAAAAUGUGGAAUUGGCAGAAGUGCUAAGUGACUUUUUUUGUUUCAGUUUUCACCAAGAAGGUUGGUGGUGAUUGGACGUCUAACAUAGUGAAUGCCAGUGAAAAUGAGGUAGGAGCAGAGGCUAAAUUAGGGAAAGAACAAGUUAAAAAUUACUUACUCAAGUUAGGUGUGUUCAAGUCACCAGGGCCUGAUGAAAUACAUCCUAGAAUACUCAAGGAGCUGACUGCAGAGAUAUCGGAGCCACUAAUGAUUAUCUUCGAAAAGUCAUGGAAGACGGAUGGGAGCAUGAGUGAGAAGGAGGUGGAGAGCCCUCUGCAGGGAUGUCCUGAGGAAGGGAGUAGACCCAAAGGGUACAGCCCCCGGGAAGUGGGUUCAGAGAGUCCUGGCGGGUCGGAGUUGCUGGGGGGAAACGACAGAGAGCAGCAGCUGCUGGGCAGAUCCCCGCCCUGGGAGAGAGGGCUCCAAUCCAAGGAGAAACGCUACAACUGCACUGACUGCAACAAGAGCUUCAGCCAGAGCUCCCACCUCAUCCGGCACCAGGGCACCCACACGGGCGAGCGCCCCUACAAGUGCUCCGACUGUGGGAAGAGCUUCACCCAGAACUCCAACCUCGCCCAGCAUCAGCGGGUGCACACAGGCGAGCGCCCCUACCAGUGCCUCGACUGUGACAAAAGCUUCACCCAGAGCUCCCACCUGACAGAGCACCAGCGUGUGCACCAGGGUGUCAAGCCCUACAAGUGCACCAACUGCAACAAGAGCUUCAGCCAGAGCUCCCACCUCCUGCGCCACCAGGGCACCCACACGGGCGAGCGCCCCUACAAGUGCCCUGACUGCGGAAAGAGCUUCAGCCAGAACUCCAACCUCGUGCAACACCAGCGCAUCCACACGGGCGAGCGCCCCUACAAGUGCGGAGAGUGUGGGAAGAGCUUCAGCUGGAGCUCCAACCUCAUUGAGCACCAGCGUGUGCACACAGGCGAGCGGCCAGACAAGUGUCCCGACUGUGGGAAGAGCUUCACCCGCAGCUCUGCGCUCAUCCAGCACCGGCGCAUCCACAAGGGGCUGAGACCCUACAAGUGCACACAGUGCGGGAAGAGCUUCAACAAGAGCUCCCACCUCAUCCGGCACCAGGGCACACAUGCCGCUGGAGAGUUGGCCUGCACGUGUACCAGCUGUGGGAAGAGCUUUACCCAGAGCAUCCAGCAGAGGCCACGACCACAUCACUGUGCUGACUGUGAGACACGCUUCUCCCGCAUUGCCGGCAGCCAGCCGCGAGCUGAUGUGGCAGUGAAGCCCUACAAGUGUGGGGAGUGUGGUAGAAGCUUCGGGCGCAGCUCGUACCUGGUGCAGCACCAGCGCAUUCACACGGGUGACAGACCCUACAAGUGUGGGGACUGUGGAAAGGGGUUCGGGGUCAGUGCCCACCUCACCCGGCACCAGCUCAGCCAUGCAGGUGACCAGCCCUACCGAUGUCCCCAGUGCGGAAAGACCUUUGGGGAGAGCGCAAAGCUGUUGAGCCACCGGCUGAGCCAUGCGGGUGAGCGCCCCUACCAGUGCCCUGACUGCGAGAAGAGCUUCUGCAAAAGCUCCCACCUGGUCAGCCACCAGCGCACCCACACUGGAGAGCGGCCCUACCGCUGCACCAUCUGUGACAAGAGCUUCUGCCAGAGCUCCCACCUCAUCCGGCACCAGGGCACCCACACGGGUGAGCGCCCCUACAAGUGCUCCGACUGUGGGAAGAGCUUCACCCAGAGCUCCAACCUUGCCCAGCACCAGCGCAUCCACACGGGCGAGCGCCCCUACCAAUGCAGUGACUGUGGGAAGAGCUUCAGCUGGAGCUCCAACCUCAUAGAGCACCAGAGAACCCACCUAGCACAGAAACCCUGAACAUGGGCCGGGCCAACGUGUCUGGUUCCUGAGCAAGCUCCCAACACUGCAGUAAACAGCAUGGGGCCAGCAAGACACUUAAUAGGGGGAGAAAUUACUGAGUGUGCAAUGCCAAAGACUAGAAACCCUCCCCAGGAGUUAGACUUCUUCACACUGCCAGCGGCGGCUGCCUGCCCCAGCCUCGCCUGUUGCAAUAUCCAGGAGAUGAUCCCACUUGCCACAAGAGCUAAGGAACCUGUAAUAAGGCAAGUCUAAGGGGGUCUAACUUAUGCAUUCUUUCAACCUCAUAUGGACAGGCUGUCUACAUAGACAGUGGGAGACAGAAUUUCAGUCCCAUGGGCAGCUCCCUAGCAUUUGUUCCCUCUUUUUGUCUGUUCUGGCCAGACUCCAUCCCAGGAUUUUAGUUCCUCUUGGAUACCUAGAUUUUAGUCCCAUUUUUUAAAAUUUUCUUUUAAUACUGUUAUUAAUAUUUAAGAUUUAAUAUCUGUUAUUUCUUGUUGUAUUGCAGUGUCUCUCCAUAUGAAAUAAAACCUGCUCCAGC